AUGCAAACAGAUGGCUCUGAGGAGCAAGCGAGACUUUUUGCCCUGCAGGUGCCGGUGACGAUCCUCACCGGCUUUCUCGGCGCAGGCAAGACGGCCCGGCUGAAUGCAAGCCUGCGGGAGGGUCGCAGCCGUAUCGCCGUCAUCGAGAAUGAGAUCGGGUCGCUGGGUGUGGACGGGGCGCUGGUGGCCAACGCUCAUGCCGAGGCCGAUGGUGUGAUUGAGCUGGCCAACGGCUGCCUCUGCUGCUCCGCAGAGGUGGACCUCAUUGCCGCUCUGGAGGCAUUGAUCCGCCGGCAUCGGGAGCGAGCCGUGGACCGGAUUCUCAUCGAGACCACUGGCCUGGCCGACGUCGGGCCCGUGAUUUCGCUCUUGGAUGAUGCCGGCGAUCCGCUGGCCGAGGACCUCUACUUAGAUGGAGUUGUGACGGUGGUGGAUGUCAACACCUUGCACCGAUGGGCUCCCGGAGGUGCUCCAGGGCCAGGGCGCCAUGAACAAGGCGCCCAUGACAUUUCUGUCCCUUCAUGGUCUAGCGGCUUCGGCUACAACUCUGGUGUCCCGCAGGUGCUAAGUCUCGGGAAAGCCGCGGUGCUGAAGACUUUUUGGCGCCAGGCGCCACAGAUCGGAUGGGAGAAGCAGGUUGCCUUCGCCGACCAGAUCAUUCUAAGCAAGUGUGAUCUGGCGAGUGCGGCGGUGGAGGAGGUCGCUACCUUGCUGGAGAACGUGAAUCCACUGGCCGAGGUGCUUCCACCUUCAGAUUCAUCACUCCCACCGCUUCCCCCGCUGCGCCGUCGACCUGCAGUAGGUCGUCGCCCAGGGCCGCCAGCGCCAGCGCCAGCUCCGGCUUCUUUCUGCGGCGCAACGGUGCCAAAGCUUCGGACUGAAGUUUGCGAAGACGAAGCUUGCAAGAAAUUGCUGGACGACUUGCUUGGCUAUGCCGUCUAUGCGGUCACGAAGCACGAGGCAGACAUCAAGGACACACUCAAGAACCGGAUACAGGUCAGGCGUUGGCCCGUCGAUGCUUCCGGAACACUCGAAGUCGAUGUCAUUUGGCCAGGCGCGGGCUACAACUCGGUCGCCUGCGGCGGGAGCUUUGCCGUCUUGUCGCUCAUCGAGGCCUGGGGCCUCCUCCGCGUGCGGGACAUAGUGGGCGCCAGCGGGGGCGCGGCGAGCGCCAUCCUGGCCCUGGCGGACCCGGAGAGGAGCAGCAGGACUCUGCUGACCUACUACAUGGUCUAUGCCAAAUGGACAGAGCAGACACCUCGCGCAUCCCUGCGCCAGCUUUGGCGAACUACACCCCUCUGGGCACAAAUCUAUCGAAAGGUAAUCCAAGACGAUGCAGCUUUCGAGCGAGUGCGGCAGCGGGGAUAUGUAGCAGUCGCCGCUGGACGGACCGUGUUCCAGUGGCAGAACUGGAUUCUGCAUCAUUUUGCCAACCGAGAGCAGUGUGUGCAGGCUUACGAAGCAAGUGGAGAGGCUUCUCUUUCUGGAGCCUUUGUCGGACGGGAAAUCGAUGGCCUCAAGCGGCUUGGGCGUUGUUGUGAUGGAGGUGGAGUGCUUCCGUUUCCCGGCCGUGAGAAGAAGGUGGCAAUGUACCAUCACAGCUUUUAUGGGUCUGCUACAGCCUGCACCAUGGAAACGAUAGAGAAGCUGUUCCGGAAAGGUGUUGAUGACACCAUUACCAUGCUCUGCGACUCCUACGACACCUGCAAGUUUCGCACUCUGGAAUAUGGAGGGGCCAUCCUCGGCUUCGGAAGCGAAAUGGUGUGGGACAGUGGCAGCCCGUCAGGCUUGCGCACUGCUGCACGAUAUUUGAAUGCUGAGAGGGAUGAUGAGGCCGGCCAUCUCGAUGCAGUGGACCGCCGGACAGUGAUCCUGCCCGAGGGCGCACGUUUGAUGGAGGAUUCGUUGCGACGGCUGGCCAAGGAACUACUCCUUGGCGAGGCCGGUCGCACGUCCACUCCCGGAGCUGAGGUCUGGCGCAUCAAGGGCCUGGUGCAAAUUUCAGGCCGCGGAGUGAUGCUCCUCCAAGGGGUCGGGGAUCAGGUGUCUCUGGAAACGUGGGCAGAUCCCGUGAAGGUCUUUUUUCUUGUCUUCAUCGGAGUUGAGCUUGGGCAGGAAGUGUUGGAGGCUGCCGUGGCUGCUUGCCGGGACAGAUCAGAGCCCUCGCAGGCCCUUGCCGACGUGGAGCGCAGCCAACCUUUACUGUACAGACAGCCUAACUUGGCCAUCGCUGAUUGGCUUUCAAUUCGUAUCGGUGCCGGCCCCGCUGACUGUGUGCCGAUGUUUGGGGGAGGAUUCUUCGGUGGGGGCGGCGGCGGUGAGGGUCGCGGCCCAGCUGGCUUCUUUGGCCAAAAUGCCAGAGGCAACUUUAAAGCGGAGUAUGACGUUUAUCCGGUCAGCUUCAUGGGCAAAGAAGAGCUGGAAAAGGGAAACAAGAUCAUUCUGCCGCAGUCCGCGCUGGACCGGCUGGCACGGCUGAACAUUUCCUGGCCCAUGCUCUUCGAGAUGACGAACGUCGCCACCUCCAGAUCUACCCACGGAGGUGUCCAAGAAUUCAGUGCGGAAGAGGGAGUCUGCUACUUCCCAUAUUGGAUGAUGCAAAACCUUCUCCUGGAAGUCGGCUCCAGGGUAGAAAUCACAAACACCUCGUUGCCAAAGGGGAGCUUUGUCAAGCUCCAGCCUGUUCAUUCUGAUUUUCUCGAAAUCCACAACCCUCGGGCAGUCUUGGAGAAUUCCUUGAGGAAUUUCGCCACGCUGACUGUCGGGGACUGCAUCGUCAUAGACUACAAUCAAAGAAAGUACGAAAUUGAAAUUGCCGAGUGCAAGCCGACGAAAGCGAUUUCCAUCAUCGAAGCCGAUGUAAACGUGGAUUUCGCGCCUCCGAAGGAUUACCAGGAGCCCCCGCCUCCUUCCGCAGCUGCAGAAAUUGCGGGUGCCUCCUUCGCUACGAAGGUAGAGGAGGCGGAUGCCGCGGCUCCAGAGGAGACGGCGGCAGCUCUUUUUGGGGGGAGCGGGCAGAGAGUUGAUGGGAAGCCCAUUAGGACGCCACAGUCCUCACCCGCGGCAGGUCCAUCUCCCCCACCGAUGCCUGAUGAGGAGGUGCUCAUGCCGUGGAUCAAGAGAAUACCGGGAGGUGUCAAGUGGACAAGCCCACCUUAUGGCUAUGGAGAGAGCCACAUGACUGGUGCAAAGGCAUGA